UUUCUUUCUUGUUUAUAUUAUUCAUGACUGAGAUACCAUUAAAACGCAAGAGAAUUACCGAGGAUAUCCUGUCUUUCUCUCAAGCUCAUGUUUCUUCAAAUCAAUAUAAUGACAAAAUCAAAAAGAUUGAAAACCUUGUAGAGAAACUAGAAUACGAAAAACAAAAAUUGGAGACACAAAUACAGUGCAACACUAUCACACAUAACUUGGCUCUUCAAGAAAAAGCGAACACGAUAGCAGAACUUGUAUCUGCUAAAGCAGAGACACAAAAAAGAGUCAUUUACCAUAAAGAACGCUAUGAUGAAGCCACAGAAAUCUUGGCUGCCAUGAAAGAAAAGCAUAACUCUGUUACUAAUGAAUUGAGAGAGACGAUGGAAAGACAAAGAACCGAAGCAAGAGAAUUCGAGAAUAUCAUUCAAGAUCAAACAGAAGAAAUCAGAAAACUUCAGACAAGUAUUAAUACAAAGCAACAAGAAUAUUCAAUACAAACCAAAGGACUCAACAGCGUCAUUACUUCUCUAAAAGAAUCGAUUGAAGAGAAAUCAACAAAAAUUCAACAAGGACUUGAACGUGAAUUAGUCUUGACAGAAAAAAUUAACCAUCUUGAACAACAGUUACAUCAUAUCUGUCCUGCUAAUCAAAAUGCCUAUGAAGCAUUAGAAGCACAAUAUGCAAGUAUAUCUAAACGCUCCGUUCAGCUUGAAUCUGAAAACUUCAAGUUGAGACGUGAUUUGAAGCACUAUGAAAGUAUAUCUCAAAAUAUGGAAUUGUUGAGAUCAGAAAGAGACAGUCUAAAGCAACAGGCAACUGAACUUGUUCAAUUACGCGAAUCCAACUCUCAACUCCAAGUAGACAAUACUAAAUUACGUGCUGAAAGAGCUGCAUGGACGUGCUAUUUGGCUUCUCAACCCGAAUUCAAUACACAAACACCCGAUAGUAUUGUCUAUCGUCUUUCCAAACAAGCAGAAGAAGCAACAUUUGCCAAGAAAUCUAUUGAGCAGUAUCAAGCUCAAGUACAGACUCAAUGGCAAGUGAUUCAAUCUUUGGAAAACCAUUUAAAUGAAUUGAAAAAGGCAGUUGUGGAAAAAGAACAUGCAUGCGCCAUGGAAGCUUCUGCUCGUCAAAUGCUCUCUUUGAAUGCAGAGGCAUGGAAGCGCCAUGUCAACAUGUUGGAAGGACAACUGGCAUUGUAUGAUCAAGAAGAAAAGACUCUGCUGGAAGGAGGCAGUUAUGAUGAGAUCAAGUCUAAACGUAUUGAAGAAUUGGAACAACACUUGAAAGAAUGCGAGCAACAACUGAUGACACAAGCACAACGAUUAGCAGAAACAGAAACAAAAAAACAAAUGCCUUCUAUUUAUAUUGCAAACGGUCCUUAUGAACAGCUUUGUUCUGGUGUCCAAUUGACUGAAUUCUUGUCCACACUUGUUGAUAAAGAAAACAAACUUAUUCAAGAACUCAAAGAAAAGAGUGUGAAUGAAAUAUUAUUAACAAGACAGAAUGAGUCAGCUAAAGAACAAAUUCAAAGGUUACUGACUCUACAACCAGUUGAAUCUAGACAAGAUGGUGUAUCCACACAGACACAAACAGAUCAAGAAGUUCGCAUUCUCACCUUGUUGGAUAACCCUGCUUCUCAAGACUAUGCUAUUCGUAAAAGUCUGUUAGAGCGACUCCAACAAGAAAAUCAAGACUUACUUCAACAAGCAGCACAGGGCACAAUAGAUGAUCAAAUCACAGUUCCUACAUCCACAUUGGACAAUCUGAAGACGGAAAAAGACGAGCUACAAAAGACGAUUGAAUCACGCGAUAAACGUAUUGCUCGGCUACAUUCAGUUUGGGGUUCUAAGAUUCAAGAAAUAUAUACUCAUAUCCGUAGUUUGCUAGGCUACAAUGUCACUUUUAGAAAUGAUGGGUUGAUUCGAUUAGAGCAUAUCUUGGUUGAUCCUGCUGAACUCGCUUUUCUUGUAAAGCAAGAUGAGACUCAGACUAUUUUGAGAUUUGUGGGGUCCAAGAAGGAUGAUUACAUGUUACAGUUGGAAGACAUUUAUCAAACAUAUAUCAUUCAAGACAAGAAUGUGCCUGCCUUUUUAAACGCUGCUGCUCAAGAUAUUUAUGUUCAUUAUAGAGAACAAAACGUUGCUGUUGAAUUGGAAAUGCAACAACAUGAAGAAGAAGAUCAAUUAGAACCUUAUGAUGAGGAAACACGUAUUCAUCUUGAUAUAGGAGACCAACAGAGCCAUGAAGAUGUAGAAGAAGAUGUUGAAGAAGAUGUAGAAGAAGAGGAUAAUGAAGACGAAAUCGAACCUUACGAAGAAUCUGAUACCAACGAAGUUUUAUUAAUUGAUGAUGAUGAUGAUGAUUAA